AUGAUCCUGCCCCCAGCUGCCGGAACUCCUGGGGUGGCGGUCGCGCAGUCCAAGUGGGAGCCGGUGCGAGAUCUCGCUGGGCCGAGGGAUUCUUCGGCAGUGAUCGUGGGCUCCGCAAUGAAGGGCGGCAUGUCGCUGACUUCUCCGGGCCAGGCAGCUAGCUCGAUGGAUCCGAACGCGCAGCUGCUCUUUGCGCCAAGGCGCUCGCUCGAGCAAAGGAGGGGUGAGCAGCUCGCUGAUGCAGCUGUGACACCACAGUUCUUUGUUGAGCAGACUCGUGCCGUGAUGAGCGCGCUGCCGAGUCAAAGCGCUCCUCGUGUUCAGCGCCCAUCCACUAUGACGAUCACUCCAGCCACGGCUGAGCCAGGAGAGGGCGCUUGCGUCGUUCGAUUUGGCACAGAGACGGUCGAUCGGCGCCACGAGAGGCUCAUGCCAAACCUGUUCAGUCGCGGGAGCUCGGAGUGCUGUUUGGACGGGGUGAACUAUUGGUCACGGCUCCCAAGACCCGCGCGUGAGCUCGAGCGCUGGUGGGUUCAGAGGAGACGCUGCAUGGCUUCCAGCCAGAGGAGCAAACGGAAGUUUCGAUAUGGGGAAGAGCGGAUGUACUCGUCUUCUCUCGACGAGGGGCUCAUGGCCUUCAUUGCUGGUAGCCUGGAUGGCUUAAAUGGCCCACCCACACCAUUUGCCCUGCGGAUGAGGCCGUGGCUGAUCUUUGUCUUUGGAUCCUUGGGCUUGGUGGGCCUAGCUCGACUGGCGCUGCUGGAUGUGACGGGAGGGCUCUUCUUGGUGCUUGCAGUGCUCAUUGGCUAUAUGGCGAUUCGGAAAGGAAUGAAUAUCGCCUGGCUGCUUUGCCUGGCGAUGAUCCUGUUUCUGAACGCCAUCCUGGAUGGCUUCCUGGUGCUUGCCUUGGGACUUCGAACCCAAUGGGACUUCUUCUUCCAGAAGCAGCCGUGGUACAUGUUUCUAGGGCGCCUCUUGACGUUUGUCGGGCCCAUUCUCGAAAUGCUGGGCGCCUACCUCUCUUGGUCGGUCUACAAGGACCAUAUGGAGCAUCUCCCGAGCAGUGAGGCGUUUCUGUUGUCAGAUGCUGAGCAGGUGUCUUAUCAGUCAACAGAGACGGUCGCUACGCGGCACCGGGAUUUAGGAUCACACGAUGCCUGGAAGGAUGGGUAGAAGAGGUUCUUUUUUUGAGCUGCUCAGCAGCCUCACCCACCGCGAGCAAGUUCACGCUCCUGCCGUUUUGGUUCUUCUUGUGGACAAAAACCGUCGUGCCAAGAGUUCUUGAGAGGCCACACUCUACACGUGCACACAUCUACACAUUGGCCUAAUUUACACAUGUCUCAAAAAAAGGACCCCGUCAGAGGGUGGA